AUGGGGACGCUGUUGGACAAGCCGGUGACAGAGAAGGAGACAGAGACGGAAACCGGGAGCAAUGGGUUGGAGUUCGGAGCCUCGGCGAUGCAGGGGUGGCGGGUAGACAUGGAGGACUCUCACACCAUCGUUGCGAACGUUGCCGGUCUGGAGGGGCAUUCGUUCGUGGCCGUCUUCGACGGUCACGGCGGGGCGCUGUGCGCGGCGUAUGCCGGGGAGAACAUGAUGCGGCACGUCAUGGAGACGGCCGAGUUCGCGGAGUACGCCGAGUCGACGGAGAAGGACACGACGGUCCUGGAGAAGGCACUAUACGCGGCGUUCUUGGCGUGCGACCGGUCGGUAAAGGCCUCUCAGGAUGCCAACCCGGAGGGGGACCGCAGCGGUAGCACCGCGGUGGCGUCGUUCGUCACGCCCACGCACGUGGUGCUGGCGCACGCGGGGGACUCGAGGGCCGUUCUCGCCAGCGGGCAGAAGGUGGCAGUGGCGACAGCGGAUCAUAAGCCCUACAACGACGGGGAGAGGGCUCGGAUAGAAAAGGCGGGGGGGGUCGUCAGCAUGAAGCGAGUGGACGGCGAUCUGGCCGUGUCGCGCGCACUGGGGGACUUCCAGUACAAGGACGACGCCCUCCCGCCGGAAGAGUGCAAGGUUUCGCCGGCGCCUGAGACGCGGAGCUUCCCAAGGUCCCCUCAGGACGAGUUCCUCGUUGUGGCGUGCGACGGGAUUUGGGACGUCAUGUCUGACGAGGACUGCACGCAAGCGGUCCGAGAGAUAUUCGUGGAGGGAGAGAGCAGCAUGGGGUUGGCUUGCGAGGAGAUCUUGGACAUGGGGAGCCGAGACAACAUGUCAGCGGUGCUAGUGGCGUUUCCGGGGCUGAAGCGGAGCGAAACGGGGAAGGGGGUCGCGGGCCGACGGGCGCAGAGGGCCGCGGAGGACUCAGAGAGCAACGCGGACAGCCUCAGCCAAGGAGAGACAUCAGAGGAGGCAGCAGACCAGGCCGCGGGAGAGCCGACGGGGGAUUCUAAGGAAACCUGA